CUUUGCUUUCUCCGCGUUUCCAUAGCCUCUGCUCUUGGGGGACUUCCUCUAAUCCUCUUUCUCUCUCUCCCUUUAUAUAUAUGUACGUAUCUCUUCAUGAGAUAAGAGUCUUCCUGUUCUUUCGCGGCGCCUUCUUUGCACCUUCUUUAUCUAAGGAAGCUAAAAGAUUGCCACUGCAAAAAGGUCCCUUUGUGUGAUUUGUCCAUAGAAUAAAGGAGACAAAAGGAAGAUACUAUGCAAACUUCAGCAAAGAACUGAUAAUUCUCUCUGUCUCAUAGGGGAGCAAAAAGGGCCACAAAAAAUCUCUGGAAACUGAGGGAAAAAAGUCUUUAUUUUUCGAGAUCCAAACUUGGUUUCAUCUUUUUGUCAAAAGGAAAAAUAUAUAUUUGACCGCAGAUAACGAGGCACGUAAAUUUUCAAGAAGAAGAGGAUUACAGCUAGUUCUUUAUACAAACUUUGCAUUUCAGGGUGGUUUAAAACAAAUUCCAAGAUCAGUAAAGAGACUUAGAAGCUAACAAGCGCACUAUUAAUGGCGUCCUCAUCCAACUCGCCAUGUGCAGCAUGCAAGUUCCUCCGCCGGAAAUGCCAGCCAGAGUGCGUAUUCGCCCCGUACUUCCCACCAGAUCAGCCGCAAAAAUUCGCGAACGUGCACAAAGUAUUCGGCGCCAGCAACGUCACCAAACUCCUCAAUGAGUUGCAACCCCACCAGCGGGAGGAUGCAGUGAAUUCUCUAGCUUAUGAAGCAGAUAUGCGCCUCCGUGAUCCGGUAUACGGUUGCGUUGGAGUCAUUUCCCUCCUCCAACACCAGCUCCGCCAGCUUCAGAUUGACCUCAGCUGUGCCAAAUCCGAGCUUUCCAAGUAUCAGAACCUAGGUAUAACCGGCCACGGCAUCAUCGCGGCUGCUAAUGCCGCCAAUCACCACCACCAGCAGAACUUGGGAAUCAACUUGAUUGGCGGCGGUGUUGGAUCCCGGGACCACCCUUUUCACCACCAGUUCUUCCCUAGUAAUCAGCAACAAGUUAUUAGGUCAUUUGAUGGAGGAAAUGCUUAUGAUGCCGGUAACCUUCUUGCCAUGAAUGUUUCAGCAAGUAUUGGCCAGUUGAGCCAGUUUCAACAAUCGAAGGCUACCGGGGCAGCCGAUGGAAUGCGUACUCCGGUUGAACCCUCUUAGCUAAACUAUUUGGUGCAAGUUCCGGUCUCUCUGCAUUAAAAGCCAAGAAUCAAUCAUACGAAAAAGUGAAAAACUUGCAUUAUUGUUGUUGUUGUUAGUUUUCUUGAUUUCAGGGCUACAAACAUUAAUAUUACA